CAAGAGGGUCUCUGUCAGGCCUAGCUUUUUUUCCAAAAUCCAUUUUUUUCAGUCGUGGGGAAAAUUCCACAUUUUAUAUUUUACAGUGAGACGAAAAGUGAAGACUUUGUGAAUACAAUUUAUUUUUUCCCACUACCAGGAAACACCCUAGUUUUGGCUAAUUGGAUUUUUGCAAGCAAAGCCUGCUUAAGGUCAACGAUAACAUCAAAAGAAGGAUGAUGCUGUAUGACAUGAGAAUACACCACAGACAGAUCCCGACCAUCACUCAAGGAACAACUGCGGGAAGACAUCCAGUCCCUUCCCAGCAUUGCUCAACACGGAAAGGUUCGGCCGUGAAGCCAUCACCUGGAAAUUGGUGAGGUCAGGGAAGCUUUGACUUAUCAUCUGAUUGAAACUGGUCAGUGGUGUGGAGCGUUCCAUCAGAACCAACCUUUCUGAAGUUUCGGCUGUGGGCGAUCAGUCAGGGUGAGGCUGGGAAGAAGUGUGAGUGGCUCCAAGUGUGGUGAGAGCUUCAGUCAUUCAUUGAGCCUCAUGAACGACUGACUCAUUCCUACAAGUGUUUGAGUGUGAGAAGGGUUCCACAAGCAUAUAUGAUCCUCAAACGCACAAGGUACAUCUGUUGUACAUCUUGUAACACAAGGGCAGCUUCAUGGAAAAGGAGCCAUUCAAAUGUGAGGUGUGUGACCGAGGCUUCACAAACUCAUCGAUGCUUGUGAAACACCGACGCAUUCACUCUGGGGAGAAGCCAUUCAAGUGUGACGUGUGCAAGAAAUCCUUCACACAGUCAUCUAAUCUCCACACUCAUCAACGUGUUCACACUCGGGAGAAACCAUUCACGUGCGAAGUGUGUGACAAAUCAUUCCCACAUUCGUCAACCCUCCGCCUUCACCAACGUAGCCAUACAGGAGAAAAACCAUUCACAUGCAAAGUGUGCAACAAAUCAUUCCUUAAAUCUUCGACCCUUCGUGUACACCAACGCAUUCAUACCGGAGAGAAACCAUUCACGUGUGAGGUGUGUAACAAAUCAUUCUCACAGUCAUCGGCCCUCAGCAUACACAGACGCAUUCACACCGGGGAGAAACCAUUCAUGUGUGAUGUGUGUGACAAAUCUUUUUCAGAUUCUUCAACUCUGACAGUACACCAACGUGUUCACACUGGGGAGAAACCGUUCACAUGUGAAGUGUGCGACACAUCGUUUUCGCAGUCAUCUACCCUCCGCUCACACCGACGCACUCACACUGGGGAGAAACCAUUCACAUGCGAGGUGUGCAAGAAAUCAUUCCCCCUGCUGGUGUCUCUCCGUGCACAUAAACGUGUGCACACUGGGGAGAAACCAUUCAAAUGCACUGACUGUGACAAAGCAUUCACACGUUCCUCAGGCCUCCUGGUCCAUCAGAGGACCCACACGGGAAACAAACCCUUUAAGUGUGAGGUGUGUGAUAAAGCUUUUGCAAUAUCUACAAGUUUGCUGAUCCACGGAAGGAUCCACACAGGAGAAAAACCCUUCAGGUGUGAGGUUUGUCAAGUGGUUUUCAGCCAACCCACUGAUCUCCUUAGGCACCAGAGGAUUCACACAGGGGAGAAACCCUUCAAGUGCGAGGUCUGUGACCAAACCUUUAGGCAGUCUUCAGCACUUGUACAACACCGACGCAUUCACACAGGGGAGAAGCCUUUCACAUGUGAAGUGUGCGACAAAUCUUUCUCAAGGUCAUCAGAUCUCCUCCGACACAAGAAGAUCCAUACAGUGAAGUAAUCCUUGUGGUAUAAAGUUUCUGCUAAAGCUAUCGUGAUGUCUGUCACCCAUCUGGGACACUGGUGGAUUCUCAUAGUGGAGAGGCUGUUUAGGUUUAAUGUUUGUGUCAAGGAUCUCGCCUGUUUGUUACAAUUCUAGCUCAUCUUAAUUCUGGACAGGUCUUAUCCUAGAGUAAAUCAGAUCCUGCUUUUGUUGGUGAUGUGAAUUGUGGACAGACUCUUUUCAGGUAAUAGGUGUGUGAUGAAUACCAUGGGAAAUGUUUGUACUCUGCUUUCUAGGAGAACUACUAUCCUGAAUAUGGGGAGGGAGUGGAGGUGAGUCUCUACAGACCUGAGCUCCCUCAGCCUAUCAUUCCUCAAAGUAAUAAUUGUGAUAUGUUUACUUUACACUCUUCCAAGAUUCAUUUCAUGUUGUGAGAAGGAUCUUGGAUCAUUUUCAAGUGCUUUUUCAGUUUGUUUGAUUUGAAGUUUGAUGUUAGCUGAAUAUUCUGUUGUCUCUGUUUUAACAAUCUUCUGUACAGAUGCAUAACUCUCAAUAAAUUCACUGUUUAGCUUAAACCAA